AUGAAAGAGAGGGGGACAGGGAGACAGAAGGGGAGAAGAGAAGAGAAGAGGAAGAGAAGAGAAGAGAAGAAAGAGACAAAGGAAAGAAAGACGAAGAGAGACAAGAGAAGAGAAAGGGUGAAGGGAGAAGAGAGAAAGAAGAGAGAGAGAGGAGAGAGAGGAAAAGAGAGGGAAAAGGAGAAGAGAAGAGAAGAGAAAAGGGAGAGGAGAGGAGGAGAGAGAGAGAGGAAAAGGAGAGAGAGGAGAGGGAGAAGAGGGAGGAGGGAGAGGAGAGAGAGGAGAGAGAGGAAGAGAGAGAGGAGAGAAGGAGAAGGGAAAAGAAGGAGAGAGAGGGAGAGAGAGGAAGGAGGGGGAAGAGAAGGGGAAGAAAAAGGAGAAAGAAAGAGAGAGCGGGAGAGAGAAGGGGAGGAGAAGGAGAGAAAAGAGAGAGGAGAAGGGAGAGGCGGAAGGAAAAGGGAAGGAGCGAACUUGCGCUCUUUCUCCUCUGACCUGAAAGCCCUCUCUCCCCCUCUCGAGCACGCCUCUCCUCUCCUUCUGUUCCGUUCCCUCUCCCCAUCCUUCUCCUUCUGCCUACUAGUAUCCGCACUCCUAUAGAAGCAAGAAGUGAACGAGUCAUCGAUACUCUUCUCGAUCGUCAGAAGACUCUCCUCUCAAACCUCCCUCCGAGUCCCUCCCUUCUCUCUCCUCUCCUCUCCUCUCCUCCCUUCUCUCCUCUCCUAUAAUAUCUUCCAUCUCCUCUAUCACUUCUCCUCUCUCUACUCUCCUUCUUCCUCUCAAUCAAUCAAUCAAUUUUAUUUUAUAUAGCCCUUCUUACAUCAGCUAAUAUCUCGAAGUGCUGUACAGAAACCCAGCCUAAAACCCCAAACAGCUAGUAAUGCUCCUCUCUUUCUCCUCUUUUCUUCUCUUCUCUCCUCUCCUCUCUUUCUCCUCUCCUCUGUGAGCCAGCACAGCUGCUCUGGAGCGUGUCUAUGUCUCCUCAUAGUAAACCAGACUGUAUAGGUCCUUAUUCAAACACAGGGUAUUGUCUGAACUCUUCAACAUUCUGCUUCUUACAGCCUCAGUGGGAGCCAAGGACCUUAGGUGAAACUCCCAUCUGAUUCUGGUUCAUUUUAAAUGAGCAGGAGCGUAACAACUCCAUCUGAUUCACUGGUCCAAAGCAUGGCACAAUACCUAAGCUAACCCUUCAUGGGCGGUAGACGGUAACACGUUACACUGGGGUUUCCCAAACUCGGUCCUGGGGCCCCGCCUGGGUGCACGUUUAGUUUUUUGCCCUAGCACUACACAGCUGAUAAUCAAAUAAUCAAAGCUUAAUGAUGAGUUGUUUAUUUGAAUCAGCUUGGUAGUGCUAGGACAAAAAACAAAUGUGCUCCCGGGGGGGUUUCCCAGGACCGACUAUAUCUCAGCUAACCCGUUAAGGGCGAUAGAUUGUAACAAGGCUCAAGAUUCAAAGCCUGGUUAUUUCAUGUUCAUGAAUGUUGCAUUUUACCUAAUGAAACCAAUAGUGGGUGGUAACUGUAACAAAAGGCCUACAAGUUUAAGAGAUUACAUUUUACCCCAGGAAACCCAUAGUGGGUGGUAACUAUAGAAACAAGGUAGCUUUAUUCACAUCAUGGGAAUUUAGCUAAACAAAUGUGCUAUAUUCACGUCAGAGGAAUUUAGUGUUAAGUGUCAGCCUAUUUGCAACGCACCUCCUUGUUAUUGCAUUUCCAUUUCCGUGUGUUGCACUUGCAUUCAGUAGCGUCUAUGAAUCAAUGAAUGGUGGGGAGGGGGUUGUAUUCUAUUUCCAGACCCAGGACUGAGCCCUUUAAUCCCCCACCAUCCCUGCACUGCCCUGGGAAAGAGAGAAGCACUAGAGAGAGAGACCCCCAGCCCACCCCGGCAUGGAGAGUAGUGUAACUGUGGACAGAUUAAGUUGCAGGUUCACUGAAAAUAGAUUAGGAGAGGAACAGUCUUUUCUAUCAGACAGCUAUUGGGUUUGAUAAAGACAAUCUCAGACGAUGAAACAGGCUUUUUUGUGCUACAGGAGAAAAGAGUAGACAUUGACGUUAAAUUGAGGUAGGAACUCAAUAUUGUGCGUGUCUGUGUGUCUGGGGUUUAAGUUUAGUGUAAUUUUAAGUUUAAGUGAUAAACAACAAUACAGAUAAAAACAACAACAACAAAAAAACGUUGUGCAUGUGGUUGGGUGUGUGUGUGCAUUUGGUUGGGUGUGUUUGUGUGUGUGGGUGGGUGUGUGUGUUUAUAGACCAAAGAUGUGGUCACAGUUGCAUGUUCCUUGAGAAAAUACAGCAUCUGUCAUCAAUUACUCUUUUCUGACAGUCCAUAUGACAGUCUGUAUACAUUUUAUUUAACCUUUAUUUUAUCAGGGAGUCAUACUGAGACCAAGGUCUCUUACAGAUGAGCCCUGAAUGACAGAAAUUACUGAAAAUACACACAUGAAAAUAUAAAUACAAAAUGCAAGCAGAAAGAAAAACACGGUCAUAAAAAACAAACACAUUUAUCAGUAAUAAGGUCAUCAAUCAGCUUUCUGAAUUGCCCUAGAGACACCAGAACAUCACAUUUUAGAACAUUUUGAAGAUUGUUCCACAAAUAAAGUGCAAGAAAACUAAAAGCUGAUUUACCUAACUCAGGAGAGACCAAAGGAAUUUCUAGAGUUAACCAUCACUGGGUGUGGUAACUCGUAUGUCUAAAGUUUAGUAAAGAUGUUAGGUACAGUGGGACUUUUUGUAAAAGGGCUUUAUAAAUCAAAACAUAGCAAUUUUUCAACCUAUGUGACAUCAAAGAGGGCCAACCAACUUUCUGGUAGAGAAUGCAGUGAUGAGUACAAAAAUUGUCUCCCGUAAUAAAGCGUAGUGCGCUAUGAUAAACUGCAUCUAACAGCUUUAAUGAAGUGGCAGCUGUGUUCCUAUAGAUGUCACGAUAGUCUAGGACCGAUAGGAACAUCGACUGAAUAAUCUACUUUCUACUAUUUAUGAAAGGCAGGACAUAUUUCUAUAGAAGAAGCCCAUUUUUUGUACAGACAAGUCGAUAUUGUUAAUGUAAACAGUAAAAAGGACCCAGAAUCGAACCUUGCGGGACACCUUUUGUAAUAUCCAGGAAACCUGAUUUAACACCAUCAGUAGAUACACAUUGAGUUCUAUCUAUAUAAAUGAAGUAGUGUAUAACUGAAUUAUAGCACUACACAUGACGUCAUUUAUUAUUAUUAUUUUUUUUUAUUUUUUUAUUUGGGGGGGUAGAUCAGCUUUAAUAUUGCAGAUAGAUUGUAACUUCCAUCAAUGUAAUUGUCUGCAUCACUUCCAAUCCCCCAUAUGUUGUUUUUCUCGCAUAUACAGUGGGGAGAACAAGUAUUUGAUACACUGCCGAUUUUUCAGGUAUUCCUUCUUACAAAGCCUGUAGAGGUCUGUAAUCUUUAUCAUAGGUACACUUCAACUGUGAGAGAAGGAAUCUAAAACAAAAAUCCAGAAAAUCACAUUGUAUAAUUUUUAAGUAAUUAAUUUGCAUUUUAUUGCAUGACAUAAGUGUUUGAUACAUCAGAAAAGCAGAACUUAAUAUUUGGUACAGAAACCUUUGUUUGCAAUUACAGAGAUCAUACGUUUCCUGUAGGUCUUGACCAGGUUUGCACACACUGCAGCAGGGAUUUUGGCCCACUCCUCCAUACAGACCUUCUCCAGAUCCUUCAGGUUUCGGGGCUGUCGCUGGGCAAUACGGACUUUCAGCUCCCUCCAAAGAUGUUCUAUUGGGUUCAGGUCUGGAGACUGGCUAGGCCACUCCAGGACCUUGAGAUGCUUCUUACGGAGCCACUCCUUAGUUGCCCUGGCUGUGUGUUUCGGGUCGUUGUCAUGCUGGAAGACCCAGCCACGACCCAUCUUCAAUGCUCUUACUGAGGGAAGGAGGUUGUUGGCCAAGAUCUCGCGAUACAUGGCCCCAUCCAUCCUCCCCUCAAUACGGUGCAGUCGUCCUGUCCCCUUUGCAGAAAAGCAUCCCCAAAGAAUGAUCUUUCCACCUCCAUGCUUCACGGUUGGGAUGGUGUUCUUGGGGUUGUACUCAUCCUUCUUCUUCCUCCAAACACGGCGAGUGGUGUUUAGACCAAAAAGUUAUAUUUUUGUCUCAUCAGACCACAUGACCUUCUCCCAUUCCUCCUCUGGAUCAUCCAGAUGGUCAUUGGCAAACUUCAGACGGGCCUGGACAUGCGCUGGCUUGAGCAGGGGGACCUUGCGUGCGCUGCAGGAUUUUAAUCCAUGAUGGCGUAGUGUGUUACUAAUGGUUUUCUUUGAGACUGUGGUCCCAGCUCUCUUCAGGUCAUUGACCAGGUCCUGCCGUGUAGUUCUGGGCUGAUCCCUCACCUUCCUCAUGAUCAUUGAUGCCCCACGAGGUGAGAUCUUGCAUGGAGCCCCAGACCGAGGGUGAUUGACCGUCAUCUUGAACUUCUUCCAUUUUCUAAUAAUUGCGCCAACAGUUGUUGCCUUCUCACCAAUCUGCUUGCUUAUUGUCCUGUAGCCUAUCCCAGCCUUGUGCAGGUCUACAAUUUUAUCCCUGAUGUCCUUACACAGCUCUCUGGUCUUGGCCAUUGUGGAGAGGUUGGAGUCUGUUUGAUUGAGUGUGUGGACAGGUGUCUUUUAUACAGGUAACGAGUUCAAACAGGUGCAGUUAAUACAGGUAAUGAGUGCAGAACAGGAGGGCUUCUUAAAGAAAAACUAACAGGUCUGUGAGAGCCGGAAUUCUUACUGGUUGGUAGGUGAUCAAAUACUUAUGUCAUGCAAUAAAAUGCAAAUUAAUUACUUAAAAAUCAUACAAUGUGAUUUUCUGGAUUUUUGUUUUAGAUUCCGUCUCUCACAGUUGAAGUGUACCUAUGAUAAAAAUUACAGACCUCUACAUGCUUUGUAAGUAGGAAAACCUGCAAAAUCGGUAGUGUAUCAAAUACUUGUUCUCCCCACUGUAUAUAUAUAUAUAUAUAUAUUUACAUAUACAUAUACAUACAUACAUAAACAUACAUAUACACAUACAUAUAAAUACAUAUACAUACAUAUAUAUAUAUAUAUAUAUAUAUAUAUAUAUAUAUAUACAUAUCCUUUAAAAAUAUAUAUUUCCCUUUAUUACUUUCCAACCCCAACACCCCUUCCCUAAUUGAAGUAAACUAGUGAACAACAACGCUUCGGCCUCUACUUCCAGUUUAUACAUACUAUAUACAUUUUAAGGACACAGUCAAUUUUAUAAUAACUCUAUUUUGUUUGUUUUUACUCCUGAACUUCCUCUACCCUCAACCUAUCUGAUCAUUUUCAUGAUGUCCAUCCGGUUUGCUUCUAUAUGCCACAUCUUUCUAACUGUGCUCUUUCACAAUGGACACAGUAUGCUUUACAUUAGUUAUUUUAUUGUUAUUAGUUGUUGUUAGUUGUUAUUAGUCCUAUCCUUCAGCUCCAUUCAACACCUCCCAUCUAUCUCUUAACACCAUCCAUAUUGGAUUUCUAUUUGCCAUACAUUUUUCAACUGUACUGUGAUGUUUCACAAAAGUUCUGAAACCUUCUAUUCUCGUUGUUUCUACAGAUUGUAAAUUGAAAAUAAAUGUUUUUGCUAAAAGUAUUAUUAUAUUAUUGAUCGAUUGACUAUGACUUUUCAGAUCACCCAGUAGUGCUAUCUGCAGGGUUAGCUCCAGGUAAAUAUUGCAAUCCUUCAGCCAUUCCUGGACCUGUGACCAAAAACAAGCUACAAAUGGACAGUACCAAAACAAAUGAUCUAAUGAUUCUGUCUCUUCGCAGCAAAAUCUGCAGAGCUGGGAAGAUUGUAUUUCCCAUAUAAAUAACAUUCUAUUGGUAGCAAGAAUUUUUUAUAAUAAUUUAAAUUGAAAAAUUCUAAGUUUUGAAUCCGGCGUCGUUUUGCGUAUCAGUUCAUAAACACUAUGCCAUGGAAUCGGUACGUCAGACAAGUUCCUUACUUUUUCCCUCUUCCACUUUCCUCUUCCAUUUUUGCGGUAAUGCUGCAAUUAUUUGGUUGUAAUUUUGGGUAGAGCAGACAUUUCCAUAUGUUUUUGUUAGGUGCAUGUGCGACAUAAUUCCACUAAUCCUACCUAUGAUAUCAUUUACGAUGAUUACACCUUUUUAAAACAUUUUUAUCAAUUAGUAUAUUUGAGUUUAACCACAAUAUUUGUUGCAUUAUUUGUUCUGUCGUUUCUGGAUGAUUAAAUUGCAAUUGCAGCCAACUUUCUAUUGCUUGUUUUAGAAAUAGUGAUAUUUGGGAGAUUAUUUCCUUUUCAAAUAACUGAAAGUGAGAGGUUGUAAUCUGAAUAAAGGGGAAAAGGCCGUUCUUGAACAUCGGGUUAGACAAUCUUACUAACUUGCUCGAAAACCAGUUCGGAUUUAAUUAUAACUUUUGUAUGACUGAAGCUUUUAGUGAUAGGUCUAAUGCUUUAAUAUUUAAUAAUUUAUUUCCUCCGAAUUCAUAUUCAUUAUAUAAAUAGGCCCGUUUAAUUUUGUCUGGCGUGCCGUUCCAAAUAAAAUUGAAUAUUUUUUUCUCAUAUAAUUUAAAAAACUGUUCUCAAGGCGUAGGCAAGAUCAUAAGCAAAUAGGUAAACUGGGAUAAUACUAAAGAGUUAAUCAGGGUGAUUUUUCCACAAAUACAUUUACAUUUUAGUCAUUUAUAUAUAGACAGGUAUUUACCUUUCCAUGGUAGCAAGAUCUUAUCUAUUUUUGCUAACUUUCUAUUAAAAUGUAUUGGAGUGAGAUCAUUUAUUUCAUUUGGGAUAUGUAUUCCGAGUACAUCCACAUCACCAUCAGACCAUUUUAUUGGUAAACUACAUGGUAAUGUAAAUGUUUUUAUUUUUUAGUGAUCCAAUAUGUAAUAUAGUACAUUUAUCAUAAUUUGGUUGUAAUCCAGAGAGGUUAGAAAAUGUAUCUAGAUCCUCUAUGAGGCUGUGGAGGGAUUCAAGUUGUGGAUUUAAAAGAAAACAUGAAUCAUCAGCGUGCAAUGGCACCUUUGUUUUUAAGCCCUGGAUUUCUAAUUUCUUGAUAUUAUUGUUGGAUCUGAUUUUAAUAGCUAAUAUUUCAAUGGCCAUAAUAAAUAGAUAUGCCAAUAGUGGACAACCUUGUUUUACUCCUCUUGACAGUUUAAAACUUUUGGAGAAAUAGCCAUUAUUUACUAUUUUACACCUAGGGUUACUAUACAUGAUUUUAUCCCAUUUUAUAAGAGAUUCUCCAAAAUUGAAAUGCUCCAGGCAUUUAUAUAUAAACUCCAGUCGUACUUUAUCAAAUGUACUGGUUUCCUGGUUUCCCAGAUUUUUCAUAGUGUUCUAUUGUUUCCAGUACUUGCCUUAUAUUAUCUCCAAAGUAUUGUCCAUGUAAAAAACCUGUCUGAUUAGAAUUAAUAAUGUCCGACAAUACUCUUUUAAUUCUAUACGCUAUACAUUUUGCUAGAAUUUUUGCAUUACAACACUGAAGUGUAAGGGGCCUCCAAUUUUUUUAAUGGACUGGAUCAUUAUACAGUGAGGGAAAAAAGUAUUUGAUCCCCUGCUGAUUUUGUACGUUUGCCCACUGACAAAUAAAUGAUCAGUCUAUAAUUUUAAUGGUAGGUUUAUUUGAACAGUGAGGGACAGAAUAACAACAAAAAAAUCCAGAAAAACGCAUGUAAAAAAUGUUAUAAAUUGAUUUGCAUUUUAAUGAGGGAAAUAAGUAUUUGACCCCCUCUCAAUCAGAAAGAUUUCUGGCUCCCAGGUGUCUUUUAUACAGGUAACGAGCUGAGAUUAGGAGCACACUCUUAAAGGGAGUGCUCCUAAUCUCAGCUUGUUACCUGUAUAAAACACACCUGUCCACAGAAGCAAUCAAUCAAUCAGAUUCCAAAUUCUCCACCAUGGCCAAGACCAAAGAGCUCUCCAAGGAUGUCAGGGACAAGAUUGUAGACCUACACAAGGCUGGAAUGGGCUACAAGACCAUCGCCAAGCAGCUUGGUGAGAAGGUGACAACAGUUGGUGCGAUUAUUCGCAAAUGGAAGAAACACAAAAGACCUGUCAAUCUCCCUCGGCCUGGGGCUCCAUGCAAGUUCUCACCUCGUGGAGUUGCAAUGAUCAUGAGAACGGUGAGGAAUCAGCCCAGAACUACACGGGAGGAUCUUGUCAAUGAUCUCAAGGCAGCUGGGACCAUAGUCACCAAGAAAACAAUUGGUAACACACUACGCCGUGAAGGACUGAAAUCCUGCAGCGCCCGCAAGGUCCCCCUGCUCAAGAAAGCACAUAUACAGGCCUGUCUGAAGUAUGCCAAUGAAUAUCUGAAUGAUUCAGAGGAGAACUGGGUGAAAGUGUUGUGGUCAGAUGAGACCAAAAUGGAGCUCUUUGGCAUCAACUCAACUCGCCAUGUUUGGAGGAGGAGGAAUGCUGCCUAUGACCCCAAGAACACCAUCCCCACCGUCAAAAAUGGAGGUGGAAACAUUAUGCUUUGGGGGUGUUUUUCUGCUAAGAGGCCAGGACAACUUCACCGCAUCAAAGGGACGAUGGACGGGGCCAUGUACCGUCAAAUCUUGGGUGAGAACCUCCUUCCCUCAGCCAGGGCAUUGAAAAUGGGUCAUGGAUGGGUAUUCUAGCAUGACAAUGACCCAAAACACACGGCCAAGGAAACAAAGGAGUGGCUCAAGAAGAAGCACAUUAAGGUCCUGGAAUGGCCUAGACAGUCUCCAGACCUUAAUCCCAUAGAACAUCUGUGGAGGGAGCUGAAGGUUCGAGUUGCCAAACGUCAGCCUCGAAACCUUAAUGACUUGGAGAAGAUCUGCAAAGAGGAGUGGGACAAAAUCCCUCCUGAGAUGUGUGCAAACCUGGUGGCCAACUACAAGAAACGUCUGACCUCUGUGAUUGCCAACAAGGUUUUUGCCACCAAGUACUAAGUCAUGUUUUGCAGAGGGGUCAAAUACUUAUUUCCCUCAUUAAAAUGCAAAUCAAUUUAUAACAUUUUUGACAUGUGUUUUUCUGGAUUUUUUUGUUGUUAUUCUGUCUCUCACUGUUCAAAUAAACCUACCAUUAAAAUUAUAGACUGAUCAUGUCUUUGUCGGUGGGCAAACGUACAAAAUCAGCAGGGGAUCAAAUACUUUUUUCCCUCACUGUAUUUCCCACUUGUGUCCUGUUUCAGUAAUAAUGAAAUCAGACCUUCUUCUUGAGUGUCUGAUAAUCUACCAUUUACAUAGGAGUGGUUGAAACAUGAUAAUAACGGUCCUCUGAGUAUAUCAAAAAAAGGUUUGGUAUACCUCGACCGGUAUGCCAUCCAACCCUGGAGUUUUCCCGGACUUAAAGUCUUUAAUUGCAUCCAGAAGUUCCUCCUCUGUAAUUUCACCUUCACAUGAGUAUUUUAGUAUGGCUGUUAAUUUUACAUUAUCAAUAGAAAAUAAAUCCCUACAAUUAGCUUCAGUUAGAGGAGAUGGAGGUGACUGAAACGAAAACAUAUGCUUAAAGUACUUUGCUUCCUCCUUCAAAAUAUAAUUUGGUGAAUCAUGGGUGACGCCGUCAUUUAUAACCAGUUUCAGUAAAUUAUUUUUGGUAGCAUUUUAUCUUGAAGAUUAAAAAAGAAUUUGGUGCAUUUUUCCCUGUAUUCCAUCCAGUUUCCUUUAUUUUUUAUAAUAUAUUACACUUGAUCUUUCUUGAAUAAGUUUCUCACAUUUUUUUCGCCCUCUAAUUUAUUCUUAGCCUCUAUAUUACAGUUUUUAUUGCUAUCUAUCUGUUCUGUUAGACCUUCUAUUUUCUUUGUUAGUGUGGACUCUUUUGACCUAAAUUGCUUUUGUUUUCGAGAUGAUUACUGAAUUGCAUGGCCUCUAAAGGCACAUUUAAAAGUGUCCCAUACAAUAAGGGCAUUUGCUGUACCUAUGUUAUGUCGGAAGAAAUCAGUUAUAAAUUCCUCUGUCCUAGUUAAAAACAAGUUAUCAUCCAAUAGGCUUUGAUUACAUUUCCAAUAUCCUCGCCCACGUGGAAAUUCAGUAAGAAUAAUGUAUAUGCCAAUUAUAUGAUGGUCCGACCGCAUUCUGUCCCCUAUGAACACUUUUUAAACUUUUGGUGCCAACGAGAAUGACAUAAGAAAGAAGUCAAGACGACUAGCUUGAUUGAAUGUCAUCUAUUGUCUUUGUAGCAUAAGCUCAAUAAUACACAUUAUAUCAAUUUCUAUAGCCUUGAGUUUCUGUCGCAAUAAGACAAUGAUCAAAUUAGAUCAGAUUUUCUGCAAAGAAAGAAGUCAGUCCAAUCAGAUUGCAUGUGUGUGUAGACAUGUGCACAUGUAUGUGAACAUGUGUGCAAGCAUGUACACUAUAAGUGUACAGUAUGUAUGACGAGGCUUUGGUAGUUUGCUGCCGCUCAUUUGAGCCUUGGUGUGGGGGUUGUCCUGUGUGUGCAGUGCAGCUAAAUAAAGUGGAUGUGUGCAGCCUGUCAACAUGCCAGUUUACAUGUGUGUGUACCCUGUGGCCUUGAGCUGUGAGGAUUCCAUGUCAGAAAGAAAGGACAUAUGUUUGUCUUUGUGGGAUAUGUUUGUCUUUGUGUAUAGUUAAUGUGUAAACAUGGACAGUAUACUAAUUAGUCCCUGACAGCGCUUUGGAAACACAUCUGAAGGAAGGUUAGAAAGGCUAGCAUGAACUGUAGCGCCAUGUUAUUUUCAUCAUUCUAUCUUGAAUACAACAUGUUUCUUUCAUCUUUCUCUCUCUCGCUCUAUAAACACUGUCUGUGUUUCUAUGCCGUAAGCUAUUUAGUGUGAUUAGCAUUUGCUCUGUUAGACAUGUGUCUUUACAGUGUACAGUAACUCAAUUAAGACAUGUGCUAGCUAGCUAGGACAUGUGAACCCACAGUAUCCCCUGUACCCCAGUCUAGCAAGCAGUCUAGCAAGUCUCCCCCUGUCUGGCAUACGCAUGUCAACACCAGGAUAGGUGUUGAUUGUGAAAGGAUGGCAUUGUUGUUGUUAAAGAAAUACAUAACUUGGUAAUACCACAGUAAUAUUACGACUGUCAUACUGUUUAUAUAAAUUUUUUUGUUGGCUGUAGAAUUUAUAGAGCUCUUAAAUGUUCUCCCCCCCAAAAAACAAUCUGUACAUUCAGUCCCUUUCAUUUUCAUAUUUUCCAAAGUGAAUUAUUUGUACUUUUUGCUUCUAUUUGGGUCAUUUUGACAUCAUCGUUUUAGAGCAUGCUGACACAGACAUUGCUCCUAAAAACGUUUUUUCCAUAGCUGUACAAAAUGGUUGGCUAGCUAGCUAGUUUCACCUAUAUCCAUUCAUUUUUGUUGAGUGGUAAUUGAGAUUCUUAGUAACUCCAGUAACUCCAGUGAUAACAGCAUAGUUGAAUAGUGUCUCUUAGUUCUCCCUGUGAUGCUACACAGUUGGAGAGGGGGUUUUCACAUGAACAUUAUCAAAGCUCAGUUUCACAGCAGAGCUGAGUGCACUGUAGGGAUGGGCAUUUUAACGUUUAAUUCCGUACUUUUAUUUGACUUCACUUGCUACACAUGGAGAUAUUUGCCCAUUUGAUUGGCCAACAAAAACAACAAGCUAUAAUCUUGCGUAAAGGCUACCAGUCUUUUUUUAUGGGGCGCACCACAUAUAAACUACAUUCAAAAGUUUAUUGUUUUAUUAAAUUAAGAAUUUUAAAUGUCAUGGUAUAUCCUUGUAUGUAACAAUGUCACAUGGAUAUUUUAAUGUAAUUUUGAAAAAAUAUUUUCAUGAUUAAAAUAGGCCUAUCAUUUUCUGCCCUAAAAAAUUAAUACUCACACGUGAUCAACUAUUCACGUACUUUUGGAUAUUCUAAUAUUCAAAUAACCGUGCCCCUCCCUAAUGAACUGGAGGAGACCCUUUCAAAUUCUUACUUGGAACACUCUCUCUUGCUAAAACGAACACUGGCCCUUUAUUCUGCUGUACUGCUAAAUGUUGCAUAGAAGUUAUGCUAGCGCUGAGCAUUUGGAGGCUAGGGGGGUUGUUGAGAGCAUGAAUUAAAUAACUCCUGGGGUUAAGGGGUGCAGGAUCUAGCAGCGACAGGUUUUAGAUCUGAAACACAGGCAGGGAAGUGGAGGGAGAAGGCCUGCUAGGCUGCUACUGGAACUACAGCCAAGCUGUAGUUAGCUUAAAUCUCCCAAUCAGCUCAGCUGCAUGGAUACGUACUCAGCCAUUUCUGUUUUCUGUGUGCAGAGGUCUACUCUCCCUAGUCUAUGCCUAAUCUUGCUGUAAUCAUUAUCUUGCUGAAAAACAGAGCUGCCCCUGGUUGAUGACAUUAAGUAACCACAAUGCAUCACAUUGCCAUUUCAGCUGUGUAAUCUGAUGAAGUGUGUGUAUGAUGUCUUGCGUGUCAGUGUCAGAGCGGCGUUGUGACCUGUCUGUUCGGGUGUUUGUGUGUGUUGAUGUUCCAGCUGAACUCUCAGAUGAACUCGGUCAGCAGCUCGGAGGACAUCAAGCCCCCGCUGGGUCUCAACGGGGUGAUGAAGGUGCCCGCCCAGCCCUCCCAGGGGUGCAUGCCUCUCUCCCUCACCAAACACAUCUGUGCCAUCUGCGGAGACCGCUCCUCAGGUACAGUAGGUG